UACAGAUUCCGGUAGUGUAACCGAUGUCUCUCCAUUGCAAAGCCCAAAUUUACCAGAUAAUUUGAAGGAUUUUUCUAGCGAUUAUAAGAAAGUUCAAGAAAAGGGUGGUUCUAAGAAGACAAAAUUCAGGCAUCAUAGUGAUGGAAGUACAAAGAAAUCAAAGAAGGAGAGUGUAAGAUUUGAAGGUGUAGGCCUAGGCGUAGGCAUAAAUACACCAAAUGUACUCGGAGCUCCACCUGGAUGGAAUGAAUCUGAGGCCCAGGAACUUAGUAUGCUGUUGAAAGCUGUAUUAGAAAUGGAUAAAACACCAAAGUCACUAGUACAGAUGCCACACACACAAAGUUCUAGGCCAACGUCUGCCAAAAGCAAUUUAUCAACAAAAAGCUUGCCACACAAGAGAAUGAAUAUGUCCUUUAGUAAUGAUCGUGUUCGACAGAUUGACAGAGAAAAUCAAAGGCUCUUGCAACAGAUCAUGAACAAAUCUGGCGUAGAACUUCAGAAUACAGGAGUGAAAUCAAAAUCAAGGAGGCCAUUUCCUUCUCAAUCUGCCACCAGCUUUAAUGGAAAUCACCAAGCAAGAUUAAGUCAUUCAGCAUUAAGAAGGCAACGUGAGAAUAGGAGAAUUGAAAUUGAAAAUAUG